AUGCGCAAAACUCCGAAAUACGCCGGAGAGAGGCCCAAGCAGACUCUGCCUCAGCAGCCUGCACUCACGAAUGCUAGCUUUGAGAGCAAGCUAUCUGCAAUAGGCUGGCCUCCCCACUGCACUGCUCCCAUGGCGGACUCUCCCCUCAACAACUCCUGGCCCUCUUUCUCCAAACUCUGGAUGAAGAGAUGGUCCUUCAAGAGAGCAUCAGAGUGUAAGCCAUGUAGCCGGCCCUCUGAGCCUCCCGGUGACCAACCUUACACCGCUGUAGCCGGGACAGGAUCCUCCUCCUCAACGUCCCCCGCCUCCAUCGCCGAGGAUGUGUUUUUUAGUAACACCAAUGAUAACCAGGACACCUGUUCAAUUGUCAGUGACUACGACUACCCAGGUGUGGAUGUGGAAGUGGGCAGCAGUGUAGAGGAUCUACUGGACCUUAACUCCUCCCUCAGAGACUCCGAGUACUUCAAAGACCUGGAAGGAGGGGAGUCGCCUUCACUUUUCUCUGGGACCACAGUCCCGCAGAGCACCCACCAAGCAGUGGGCCAUCAAGUGUCUCUGAACAGAAACGGCCCUGUUUCCCACAUUAUCCCAGCUAGGCAGCGGCAUUGA